GGAAGGAGAGGUGACGCAGUGAACAGUGCGACCUCAGGCGCACGGAGACGCACAGAGGAGACGCAGCCACAUCCAGUAUGGCGCUAUCAAAUGUCCUCGAAACUCCUGCGGCAGGGUUUAAUUUCGACAACGCAGCGAGGAAUGCUGCAUUAGAGGGUCUAUUCGAAAGAGGACAAGCACCUAAACCUCUGAAAACUGGCACCACGAUAGCAGGAGUUGUGUUCAAGGAUGGGGUGGUGCUGGGAGCAGACACGAGAGCUACCUCCAGUGAAGUGGUGGCCGACAAGAUGUGUGCAAAGAUCCACUACAUUGCUCCGAACAUAUAUUGUUGUGGAGCAGGAACAGCAGCAGACACAGAGAAGACCACAGACCUUCUCUCCUCCAACCUCACCAUCUUCUCUCUGAACAGCGGGAGGAACCCUCGUGUCAUCAUGGCCGUCAACAUACUGCAGGAUAUGCUGUACAGGUACCACGGCAAAAUUGGUGCCAAUCUUAUACUGGGAGGCGUAGACUGCACUGGGAACCACCUGUACACAGUGGGACCAUACGGGAGUGUAAAUGAGGUCCCUUACCUUGCAAUGGGAUCUGGAGAUCUGGCUGCUCUUGGGAUUCUUGAGGAUGGGUUCAAACUGGACCUGGAGCUGGAGGAGGCGAAGGAGUUGGUGCGUGUUGCAAUCCAUGCAGGCAUCAUGAGUGACCUCGGCUCAGGCAACAACAUCGAUAUAUGUGUGAUCACCAGACAAGGAGUGGACUACAUCAGACCCUACCAGGAGUCAGAGUACAAAGACAACAGGAAAAUAAAGUACAGAUAUCGUCCGGGCACGACGCCUGUUAUGACGGAGAAAGUCGUCCCCUUAAAGCUGGAGGUGGUGCAGGAGAGCGUGCAGCAGAUGGAUACAGCCUGAGCCGCGGUGCACCAUCAUUCAUUCAUUCAUUCAUUCAUUCAUUCAUAUUACAUUUUAAAGGAAUGUAGUGAAACAAAUCAAACUUUUAAUUUUCACUGCCCUCAUGGUUUCUACUCAGCUGCUCUUCUUCACUGAACUGUAGUUCAGAAACUACGUCACUGCAGCUCCACAGUUAACAGGAAGACUGUUAUUACAACACGUUUUUACAAAAUGGAAUAAUAAAACAAAUAACUGAAGAAACAUUU